AUGGAAAAUACGGACAAUCCCUACGAACUCCACGUUUUUGUCGAUGCUAGUGAUAAGGCCUAUGGUGCAGCCGUUUAUUUACAUCGUGACAUGCAUUCAUCUCUCGUUAUUGCCAAAUCUCGUGUCGCGCCACAGAAACAAGACAUCACGUUGCCUCGACUCGAACUGAUGGCCGCUCUGACUGGAUCGCGACUAUUACGAUUUGUGUUCGACGCUUUCAAAGGAAAGAUAAACAUUGAACAAUACAUUAUGUGGUCAGACAGCCAAAUUGUCUUACACUGGUUGAAAAGAGACAAACGGUUACCAAUCUUUGUGGCUAACCGUGUGCGAGAAAUUAACCAAUUUCCGUGCGUAAUUAAAUACUGCCCUACUCUCGACAAUCCCGCCGACUUGGUGACGCGAGGUAUCUCUGACAAUAAACUUCAGCAAGCCGUCAUCUGGUGGAAUGGACCGACUUGGUUAAAGCAAGGUAACUGGCCAAUUUGCAAGUUAUUUGACAGCCCGGUUCAUCACGUUUCGCCAAUAAGCGCCAAAUCGACCCCAGUUGGUAUUUCACAAGUUAUUGAUGCAGACCGAUUCAGCUCACUCAAUAUAUUGCUUCGCGUAUCCGCACUGGUAUUACGAUUCAUAUCGCGCCUAAAGCGGGACAAACCUCAACAAAACGGGCACGUCACCAGCAAAGAAAUUAAUUACGCGGAACACAUGUGGAUCAAGGAUGUCCAAAUUAAGAAAUAUCAAGAUAUUAUUGAAUCACUACGGAAGAAAAAGUGUACAAUAGGACCACUGGUGAAGCAACUGAAACUGUUCAUGAAUGAUCAAGGUAUGAUACGUUGUGGGGGGAGAAUACACAAUGCGCCUCUCGAUAUGGCAACCAAAUUUCCAGCCCUACUACCACCUCAUCAUCGAUCAACGGAUCUCAUUAUCAUGAACUCACGUACUCCACAGUGGAGUUCAAUCUACCGUCACACAUGUCCGGCAGAAAUUCUGGAUCCCAAGAAUUCGACAAAUAGUUAA